CCGGCGGACUGCCCUUCUUCAAGAUGGCGUCGAAGAUGGGUUCGCGACGGUGGAUGCUGCAGCUGAUCAUGCAGUUGGGUUCGGUGUUACUCACACGCUGUCCCUUCUGGGGCUGCUUCAGCCAGCUCAUGCUGUACGCUGAGAGGGCUGAGGCGCGUCGGAAGCCCGACAUCCCAGUGCCCUACCUGUACUUCGACAUGGGGGCGGCCGUGCUGUGCGCUAGCUUCAUGUCCUUUGGAGUGAAGCGGCGCUGGUUCGCGCUGGGGGCGGCCCUCCAGCUGGCCAUUAGCACCUACGCCGCCUACAUCGGGGGCUACGUCCACUACGGGGACUGGCUGAAGGUCCGUAUGUACUCGCGCACAGUUGCCAUCAUCGGCGGCUUUCUUGUGUUGGCCAGCGGUGCUGGGGAGCUGUACCGUCGGAAACCCCGCAGCCGUUCCCUCCAGUCCACCGGCCAGGUCUUCCUGGGCAUCUACCUCAUCUGUGUGGCCUACUCGCUGCAGCACAGCAAGGAGGACCGGCUGGCGUAUCUGAACCAUCUCCCAGGUGGGGAGCUGAUGAUCCAGCUAUUCUUCGUGCUGUAUGGCGUCCUGGCCCUGGCCUUCCUGUCAGGCUACUAUGUGACCCUGGCUGCCCAGAUCUUGGCUGUACUGCUGCCCCCGGUCAUGCUGCUCAUUGAUGGCAAUGUUGCCUACUGGCACAACACGCGGCGCGUUGAGUUCUGGAACCAGAUGAAGCUCCUUGGAGAGAGUGUGGGCAUCUUCGGGGCUGCUGUCAUCCUGGCCACUGAUGGCUGAAUUGCAUAGUGGAAGGCCGAGAUGGGUGUGGGGAGCCACUGAGGGCCACCCUACUUUCCUCCUUGCUGGCCCAGUUAUGUUUAUUUAUGCUUUUACUUCUGUUUGUUUGAUCCUUUGUGUUGUGUGUGCUUGUGUGUGUUGGUAAGAGGCAGGUCUCUUCUACAGUUCCUGGGCUCAGCCCUUGGGGGCGUGGGAGCCCUGAUAAGGAUGCCUUACAGGUUUCUUUUUCCUGUUUGUUAUGAGGAGAGCUGAGGCCAGCUGCUCCCCUGGGUCUCCCAUCCCAGAGAAGGGGGUGGGGCAGGGCUAGGGUUGGGGUACUGAGAAUGGGAGGCAGAGGAAGGCAGACAGAACUGGGAGUGAGCAAAUGUGAAAAAUUCCUUUUUGAACCUGGCAGACACAGAUAGGCACUGCAGUGCUUUUCAGAGACUGAGAGUGAGUAUGCUCGUGACACGUGGAUCAGACCCGAGAAGAGCAGAGGGGCUGGGCACCAUGGGAGAAGUCACAUGGGCUCUCAGGGUGUACCAGGGGCAGAAACAGCACUAGCUGUCACCCACCUUGAGGGCAGAGCAGGCCCCAGUCUACUUGGGGGUGCGGGGGUGGGGCAGGCAGCUGCCAACUUCCUGCCUCCGGCCUUCUGUUUUAGCUCCAUGGUUGGCCUGGUGGGGUUGAGUGCCCUCCCAAACACCAGACCACACAGUCCUCCAAAAAUAAACAUUUUAUAUAGA